UGGACGUUCAUUUUGCUCUUGACAGGUCGUUAAAUAGCGCCCUUGGGGACCUGAGCUCUGGGUCGGGGCCGCUUUCCAGGCGCCUCCUUGGGACCCAGCCGGGGAGGACACUAAAGAGGAUGAGAUCAACUGCCGCGCUUCGUACCAGCCGAUCUCCUGACUGGGGGACCUUUGAGGACGUGGCCGUAUACUUCUCCCGGGAGGAGUGGGAGCUCCUUGAUGAGACUCAGAGGCACCUGUAUCACAAUGUGAUGCUGGAGAACUUGGCUCUUGUGGCCUCACUGGGUUGUUGGUGUGGAGUAGAGGAAGCCCCUCUUGAACAGAGUGUUUCUGUAGAAGGAGCACUCCAUUUCAGGACCCCUAAAGCAUGUCCUUCCACCCAGAAGGCCAACACCUGUGACAUGUGUGGCCUGGUCUUGAAAGACAUAUUACACCUGGCUAUGCAUCAGGGAAUAUACCCUAGGCAGAAACCGUACAAGUGUGCGACAUGCGGGAGAGGCUUCUGGCUCAGUACAAACUCUCACCAGCGCCAGAAGGAGCACAGUGGAGAAAAACGCUUCACAAGUAGCGAACGUGCUAAGGAUGUCCUGGACAGCCAUGACCUCCUGCAGCAUCUGGCCACCCACAGCACGUGGAAGCCACACAGGAGCACCACGCACAAGGAGGCCUUCCACCCCAACUCUAGCUUCCAGCAGCAGCAGAGAGUCCACGCCACGCAGAACCCCUUCAAGUGCAGCAACUGUGGGAAAGGCUUUCUAAAGGCCUUCAUGCUCCUAGACCACCUGCUCACUCACUCCAAAGAGAGACCCUGCAGAUGCCCAACAGGGGGAAAUGCCCCUAAAGAGAACUCCACCGUUGUUCAUCCCCAAAAAGAUCACACUGGAGAAACAUCCCAUGUGUGUACGGAAUGUGGGAAGGCCUUCAGCCACCUUUUUAAACUGAGUACACAUCAGAAAGCUCAUACUGGAAAACCACAUCACAGUUGCAGUGAAUGCGGGAAAGCCUUCACCCGAAAACACUCCCUUGUUCAGCACCAGCGAGUUCACACUGGAGAACGGCCUUAUGAGUGUGGCCAGUGUGGGAAGGCCUUCACUCGCAGCUUCCAUGUUGUUCGGCAUCAGAAAGUUCACAACACAGAAAGGCCUUAUGAGUGCAGACAGUGCCGGAGAGUCUUCAGCUGUAUCGCCAAUUUUGUUGAGCACCAGAAAAUACACACUGGGGAAAGGCCGUAUGCGUGCAAUGAAUGUGGGAAAGCCUUCAUUAACAGCUCUCAUCUUGUUCGGCAUCAGAAAGUUCACAACACAGAGAGGCCUUUUGAGUGCAGCGAAUGUGGAAAAGCCUUCCGGCAAACCUCCAAACUUAUUCUGCAUCAAAGGAGUCAUACGGGAGAAAGGCCUUAUAAAUGCAACCAGUGUGGGAAAGCCUUCAGUUGCCCCUCCAACCUUGUUCCACACCAGCGAAUUCAUACUGGAGAAAAGCCUUAUGAGUGCUCGGAAUGUGGAAAAGCCUUUAGUCAAAGCUCUGCCCUCAUUCAGCACCAGAAGGUUCACACCAGAGAAAGGCCUUAUGAGUGCAGUAAAUGUGGAAAAGCCUUCAGCUAUAGCUCGAACCUUGUUAAACACCAGAAAGUUCACACUGGAGAAAGGCCUUAUGGGUGCAGCCAGUGUGGGAAAGCUUUCAGUGAGAGCUCCAUCCUCAGUCAGCACCAGAGAGUUCACACUGGAGAAAAGCCUUAUGAGUGUAACAAGUGUGGGAAAACUUUCCGCUACAGCUCAAACCUCUCUAAGCACCAGAAAGUUCACACUGGAGAAGAGCCACCUGAGUGCAGUGGACAUAGGAAUGCCUUCAGCCAGAGUUCCAACCUCACUCGGCGCCAUGAAGGUCAUACCAAAGAGAGGCCUUAGGAGUGUGGCAAAUGUGGAAAACCACUAACUAACCGGGGCAUUUUCUUGUUCACCUUAAUAGAGUUCACUCCUGAGAAAA